AUGGACGAAGGUAGCUUGGAGGCGGCCAUCGAGACUUACCAUGCCCAGCUCCAGCAGGUGGAGACGGCCCUGGGCGCCGGGCUGGAGCCCUCCCAGCAGUCUGACCUCCUGCAGCUGAAGGAGGACCUGCUCCAGCUGAUCGAGCUCACCGAGGCCAGCCUGGUGUCCGUGAAGAAGAGCCGGCUGCUGGCCAGCCUGGAGGGGCAGCCGCCGGCGGGGGACCCCGGCAUGCGGGACGAGUUCGCUGCGUUUUACGCGGCGGUGAGCGAGCCGUCCUGCGCCGAGCCCUCCACCAGCGAGAGCGCCCCUGCGGCCCAGAGAUCUGGAGGAGGCUCCGGCAGCCCCGGAUCUCAGCAGGCAGCUGAGGAAGAGGAAGAGGAGGAGGAGGAGGAGGAUGUGAUGAGUGGCAUGAAGGUCUGUGCCCCUUACCGCACCUCCUGGGGAACGCUGGAGUACCACAACGCCAUGGUGGUGGGCACAGAGGACUCGGAAGAUGAUGAACCGCAGGUCCGGGUUCUGUAUGUCCACCCGACCCAGAAGUCCAUGAAGCCCUGCCCCUUCUUCCUGGAGGACAAGUGUCGCUUCAUGGACAGCUGCAGGUUCUCCCACGGAGAAGUGGUGUUGGUGUCCGAGCUGCGGCCUUUCCAGGAAUCGGACCUCAGCUCACUCCAGGAGGGCUCAGCCUGUUUAGCCAGGCAUGAGGAUGGCAUCUGGUACCCGGCCAAAAUUACAGAUGUUGACAGCGGCUACUACACAGUGAAAUUCGACUCCCUGCUCCUGAGGUCCGCCGUGGUGGAGGCUGAUGGCAUCAUCCCGCCCCUGAGGAAAGACGACCCCCCCUCGUCCGAGUCCGAGGACGAGGACAUGGUGGAGGAUUCAGCCUACGCCCGAGUUGUGGAUCUGGCCUCUGAGGCGAAUGGGGACUGGGCUCCUUCCUCUUGCUCCGAGUUUGGGGGCUGGGAGGCACAUACCCGAGGCAUCGGCUCCAAACUGAUGGCCAAGAUGGGCUACGAAUUCGGGAAAGGCUUGGGAAGAAACGCCGAGGGCCGGGUGGAGCCGGUGCUGGCUGUGGUUUUGCCCAAAGGGAAGUCCCUGGACCAGUGCGCCGCGAUUCUCCAGAAGAGAGCGCCGGGGAAUCCGGGGGGCAAGCUGGCGAAGCCCCGGAAAAAAGGCAAAACCAGGACGGGCUCUUCCCAGCCCCGCACGGACGUGUUUGACUUUUUAAACAGCCAACUGGGAGACCGGAAUCGGCCCGGCGCGGCUGAGGCAGGAGUCCCGCUGGCUGAGAGGAACAGCAAAGAGACCUACAGGGGAGGGGAAACCACCAAGAGGUCCCUCAAUGUCAGGCUCUACCAGGCGGCAGAGAAGGUCGCCCAGACCGAGAGAGAGAUCGGCAGGAUCACAGAGUCCCUGAGCAGAAACCUGGGAAGGGAUAAAGCCAUGACCAGUCACCUGGAAGAGAGGCUGUCAGCUGCCAGGAAACAGCUGGUCCAGCUGAAGGCCCAGGAGGUCCACAUCCAGAAGGAGCGCAAGAAAGCCGACACGCACAAGAAGAUGACAGAGUUUUGACUCGUUGCCUCAUUUUACUGUAACGGCGCCCGAGCAGUACUUAUUUUAUUACUUAUUUCUGGGGAUUUUUUAUUUUCAUCACUUAACUGUGGAUAUGAUUUCAAUCUAAGUUGCUAAUGUAAACCCAAACCUCCUGACUUCAUUUCUUACAUUAACUGGUUCAGAAAAUUCUGGGCAAUUGUUCAAGGAUUUUGUUUUUAAGAGAAAAUUAAACCAAAACAUCCAGUUAUUUUGUAGCGUUUUGUUUAAUGUCAAGACCCGGACAUUAAUGGCCAUGAUGUUUUCCUCUUUGCAUCCAGGGCUUUCCUUGUUGUGUUAAGUUUUGAAACCCUGAUUCUAAGGCAGGUGCUUAUGUGGUUCUGGUUCUUAUGGGGUCACCUGGGCUGAGAGCUGGGAAUUCUGAAUUGGACAUUGUCUAUAGAAGAUUAUCUAAAAGAGCUGUUUCUGUGGUGAUAAGAGAGACUUAGAUCCAGGUGCACCUCACAAACUGGGGGCAUUCGGCUACCAUUUUUUCUCAUCAGUGCGAAAAAGAAAAUGAGCAAACCUUUGUUAAUAUUUUUGGGGAUUUAAUCUUGAGGGCAGUCCUGUGUUCUUUUCCCUUUAAAUAUGAAAUGUUUUUUGUCUUGUGCUCUUUGUCCCUGCUAUCUUUAAGUAAAGGAAUGGAAGUUGUACAUCUUUUUCCUUAUAACCCUGAAUUCCAGAGAGAGGCCUUUGAGUCGAUUGUCACUGGAGGCACUCGAAGGACAGAUUCUGAAAUGUCGCCUGGUCUGAGACAGUCACUGUGGCUGCACAAAAGAGUUCUCUUUAGAAACGGGGGAAUGUAUUGAGUAGUUCAGGUUAUUGGAGACCUGCAGACAAAGCAAAUUGUGUUGUGCAAGAGACUCUCUUUUAUAGAUAGAACACAGUCUUGGCUCCUGACACAACUUCCUUUGCAAAUGAAUGUGAUCUGUAUAGAGUAGGUUUUUAAAAGUCUGAUUUGUUGGUACAUAUCAGGUAUUGUUUAAUGAUGCCUGUGCUGUUAUUAAACGAGAAAAAAAUGUUGUUCAUUUUAUUUUAUAACA